AUGGAAAAUAUCAUCAAAGAAGAACCACGAAAAAGAACAACUAUAUAUCUUAGUGAUAUUCAUGUAAAGAACGCUGAUUAUUUUCAACCAGCAUCAACCAUGAUAUCAUCUUCGAAUACUCAUGAAACUGAAAUACAUGUAGAUAAAUUUCAUCAAACAGAAGAUAAUGAUAAUGAAAAAAUUGAAUUAACUACACUUAAUAAUCAUUUUGAAAAUUAUCUUAAUAAAAUCAAAAUUUUAGCUAAUAUAAAUAUUAAUCUUCGUCAUGAAAUUGUUAAUAUUUUACAAACAUAUAUGGGACAUAUGAAAGAAGAAAAACAAAAUGAUAAUAAUAAUAAUUCUAAUUCAUCAGAAAUUGAAUUUAAUAAUUUACGUCGACAAUUAAAUAAUGAAUUACAAAAAUUGAUAUCAAUACAAACACGUUUACAACGUGCUAAUUAUGAUACAAAAUACUAUAAAAAUAAAGUAAAAUUAUUUUCAAAAUCGAAUCAAUAUGAAAUAAUUCAACAACAGCUUAAUGUUAAUUUAUAUGAAUUAAAUCUAUUAAAAGAACAAUUUGAAAAACAACAAGAAAGUUUACUAUCAUACAAAAGACAAUACAACGAAUAUAUGUUAAAAUUAAUUGAAUACACAAAUGAAUAUAAUAAAAUAGCAUAUGAACGUAUGCAAAAUGAAAAUUCUUUAUAUACUCUUAACGAACAAUUAUUAUUUGAACAUGAAUAUAGUAAAAAAUGUCAAGAAGAAUUUGAACAAUUAGAAAAAAUUCAAUAUGAUUUAAAUAAUGAAUUUAAUAAAACAGAAUUUAAAAAAAUAAUUGAAAAAAUUCGUCAAGAUUAUGAAAGUUAUAAUGAAAUUCAAGUAUCAGAAUUAGAACUAUUCUAUAAAACAAAAAUUGAUUUAAUGCAAAAUAAUUUUCAAGAAAAUGAAAGUGAAAAUCAUUCAGAAGAAAUAAAACACUUAGAAGAACAAAAUCAAUCACUUGAAAAAAAAUUAAAACAACUUAAAAAUGAGCUUCAUCAUAUAAGUGAACAAAAUCAACAACAAUACGAAUUAUCAUAUAAUGAAUAUCAUCAAUUACAAAUUCAAGUAUCUGAUAUAGAAUCUCUUAUUUUAGAUUUACGCAAUAAUACAAUUCAAUUAUCAUCAGAAAUAAAUACAUAUCGAUGUUUAUUGACUAAUCUUGUUUCAUCAUUUCAACAGACAAACAAACCUUCUUCUCAUAGACAACAAGCAAAUAAUAUUAUUUUUCAUUUUCGAAAUGGAUUACUCUAUGUUAGAAUUUAA